UUGAAAGUGAAAGUAACAUACGGACAUUUUGUUGAAGCUCAUUUCUGACAGAAGACAUAUUUUACCUUCGGAAGACAUCAUUUGAGAUCUUACUUCGACUGUUUUCUGUCUCUAGCUUUGAGAACACAGUGUUGAGAGGAGAAGAAGAUGAUGGCAGAAGAAGAUCUCCAGCUGCUGCUGAUCGGUAAAACUGGACUCGGGAAAAGCACCACAGGAAACCUCAUCUUUAAUGAUCGGGUGUUUGAGUCAGAAAAGAGCUCUUCAUCAGUGACCAGAGUCUGUAAAUCACACACUGGAUCUGUUCAUAACAGGAGCGUGACAGUGAUCGAUACUCCAGACUUCAGAUUCUCCACUCACACUGACUUUGAUUCAGACUCGGAGCUGAAGAGAGCUCUUGAAUUAUGUUCAGCAGGAGCUCAUGUCAUCCUGCUCUUUCUGCCUUUAAGCACUUUCACUGAGCAGGAGAAGGAGUUUAUCAGCUGGUUUGAGCAGAAGUUUGGAGCAGAAGCUCUCAGAUUUACUCUAGUGCUCUUCACUCACGCAGAUCAAAGGCACACGAGACCACUAGGAGAAAUGAUCAGUGCAAAUCCUCGGUUAUCUGCUUUUAUUGAGCGAUGCGGUCAGAGAUAUCGUGAGUUUAACAUUAAAGCUCCAGCAAACAGACAGCAGGUGACUGAACUCAUGGAGAAGAUCGACAGACUGGUGUCUGAGAACAGACACUCCUGUUACACACUAGAGAUGAUGCUGGAGACGGAGAGGAGAAGAGAGGAGGAGAAGAGAGCAGAGGAGGAGAGGAGAGAGAGAGAACAUCAGAUGAUGUUAGACAAAGUCAGAGAAGAGACUGAGAUGCUAGUGAGGAUAGAAUAUGAGUGGGAGAAAUUGGAUAUUUCAAAAGAAGACUGCGAACAAAUGAUAUCAGAAGGAGUUGGAAAAGAGACAGAGGAGAAAACCAGAGCAGAGUGUGAUGCUGAACAGAGUAAUUUACCAGAAACAUCUUGGAACAAUCAGAGUUAUGUUUGUAUGGCUGUUGGAGCUGCUGUUGGAGCUGCUGGUGGAGCAGUUAUUGGUGGAGCUGUUGUUGGUGGAGCUGUUGUUGGUGCAGCUGUUGGAGCUGUUUUUGGAGCCGGUGGUGGUGUCAUCGCUGACAGAGCAAAAGGUGGGACACGUUCUGUUGCUGACAGCUCCUCCAGUCUGAAUAAAAUUGAAGAAGCCCAGAGUAAUAAACAUGAGGCCUAGAAUCCUCUAGUGGCAGCACUGGGUGGAGCUGUUAGUGAAUAUGUUUGUUGGGACAAUAAUUACAUGUAUAUAUAAAAUCAUUUAUAAAGUGAUUUGAAGGUAUUAUAAAAUAUAAUCACAAUUUAAAAUUAUAUUACAUGUAUACAUGAAAUCAUUUAUGAAAAUAAGUUAAAGGUAAUAUAAAGUAAAAACAAAAUUAAAAUUGAUAAAAUGUGGGACUAAUUAACUAAUAUUGAUAAUUCAACAAUAUUUUGCUGAAUGUGUUUUUGUGCUGGCACCUUGAGUCUGUUCACGCUGCAGCCUGUAGCACGAUGACGUACUGGAUCAGAUUCAAUACGUAGUGGAUGUUUGACGCACGCGCAGUAUUGGAUUUUAAUGUGCAUGCACAAAGUGGGGCUGUCAUUACAGCUAGUAUUAAAUGUAAAUCCAACUGUAAUUACGAGAUAUAUAGGUGUGUUUCAUAGGCUCACGCAAAUGAUAGUAUACUGUGAUUUUAAACCAGUAGUGCAGGCUAACUUUAUUUAAGCAAGGAUUGCUUAGUUUUGAAUGAACAAGUUUAUUUUUUUAUUACUUUGAUUCGUUUUUGAAACAGUCUACUAAUUUUUUUUUUUUUUUUUUUUUUGUUCUUUGUGAAAAAAAAUUGGUUCUAUUGUCUUUAUUUUUCUUAGUAUUUUUCUUAGUCUUUAUAGUCUUAUGGUUCUGUCAAUAAUUCGUUCAUGAAUCAAAUAUUAUUUUUCAUUCUCACUCUCUGUGCUAUAGGCCUACGUGACAGAAUAUAAAAGUUAUAGGCCUACUAAAAUAUGCGGACAUCUUUUUUUACCGUAUAAAAAUAAAAAGAAGAAAAACAAUUCUGUCAGUCGGGGUUCCGUUAGCCAAUAGACCCAUUAUCCCGGGUUAUACUGUGUUUUUACAGUCGAUCCUAUGUCCAGCAAAUAAAUACACACACGGUCAGGGACAAGGCAUAUUAACACAAAGAUGACCAUUUCUAUGUUUUUGUGUGUUAUUCAUAUGCAAGUUAAAUCCCUGGAGAUAGAGAGACCUAAUGACUAAAGACAUAGCCUAUAAUCUAUUCUGUUAAGUGCUCUCUCUCUCUCUCUCUCUCUCUCUCUCUCUCUAUGGAGACUUUUUUUGAGUGUUUUGUAUUGUAUCAGACGAUUUGUGAAAAGCAACUAAUAAAACAUUUAUUUUACCUGACUGAGGCGUUAUUAGCGAGGUAAAGUCUUAAUAUACAUUUAAUGUAUUUUAGCCUAUUGAAAAUGUUUGUAAUAGCUAUAUUAGAAUAAUAUAAAAUCUAAAUAAACAAAAUGGAUCGGCAUUAAUUUAAAAUCCCCAAUUAAAUUUAAAUAAACAUGACGGAUACAAUCAAAAAAUACAUUUAGGCUAACUCUGUCAGAGUGGUGUAUAUAUUUAUAAUUAGCUAUUUACAGUGCAACGUCUGCAUACGAAUUAUUUAAUUAGUUAAUUUGCAAAAACAGAUAACUCUGUUUUUAACAAUUCUCAGAAAUCAUGUUUCUUCAUUGUGCAUUCCAAUUAAUCUCAAUCAAACUGCAUUUGGGUUAUUUUGACUAGGUUUAAAAAAAAAAAAAAACAACACAACAAAACACAAAAAACAUAAUAUAAUAAAAGACAUGAUUUUGAAAAUAUGAAGUUAUCUGUUUUUGCAAAUAAACUCUUCAUAUCAUGUUACAGUGCUUAUUGUAUCCUUAUAACAAUGGAUACAGCACUGAUGUGGGCAUCCUGGCGAUAUGAAAUGAAAAAUAAAAAAAAAACUUUGAAGUAGCCACUAAAGACAAAAACAUUGUGGAUGAAUUUAGACAUUAAUUUUUUUACAUUGUGAUGUAAGACGUGUUUUUUUUUUUUUUUCAAAGUUGCAUAAUGUCAGCUCUCCUAUCGUCUCUCAGUCCCUCACAGUCACACAUACAUUAUGUCAGGAGAAUGUCUUUAAAUUCUAAUCAAGGAAAAAUCAUACCUUCUGUGGUCCUCUUUUAAAAAAAACUUCAAAAGUUGUGUUUGAACCAUUUUGCGCGAAAAAUGACAAACAAUUGCUUCCGCUUGUGCGCAGCUUGUUACAGUACCAAGUUCUGAUUGGCCAAUCGCCAUUAUGUAGUUUGUAAAUGAUCAUAAGUAGAGAAUUUUAACAUUUCAUGAUGCGUUUUACUUUAAGUUUUAAUAAGUUUAAUGAGUUUUAAUCCAAAGGGAAUGGUGGUUUUACAGAGGGGAUACUUUUUGUUAUUUUUUGGGGAUGCCAUCCCCCCCUCAAUUUGAGACCUAGUGUGAUGUAUGAAUUAUGAACUGAUUUGCAUCUUUUAUGUGUUAUCUCUUGUAACUGAGGGUCUGGCUGAUGUCAGGAGUGCAAUAACUUCUAAUACGAUCUUUAAAUGGUCCUGAAUGUAAAAUUGAUUUUACAUACACACGUGGUAAGAAUUGUUGGUAUCCUUGGUAAAUAUGAUCAAAGAAGACUGUGGAAAUAAAUCUGCAUUGUUAAUCCUUUUGUUAAUCCAUUGUUGAUCCUGUCACCCGACUCUAGUACAGUGUCGCCAGUAGACGCCCCAGUUAAAACUUAAAUCAGGUGCGUAGAGGAAUUUCUACAACAUUGUCAUGUGGCGUUUCUUGGGCUUUUGUAAUUAAAAGGACCUAUUCUGUUUAAUAGUUAAUAGUUAAUAGUUUCUCCGUAAUCUCUAAACCUUGAUUAUCAAUGUGAGAUAACUUAUCAAGGAAAAUGAGUUAUCAAUGUGUAGUUUACAUCAAUAUUAAUCCUUGUUUAAGAGACAUUGCCAACACAAUUUACACAAUGGACUCAGAUUUUCUUAUUUCUUAAAAAAAAAAAAAAAAAAAACCUCAUUGUCAUAUGUCUGUGGCAUGAACAUUAUAUACAUCAUCAUCUAUCUCUCUUUCUCUGUCAUUAAUCGUAAGUUCAUAUAGAGUUCAAAUAAACAUCAUAUCUGUCAGUAGUUGAAAUGUAUUGUAUGUAUUGUAAAGUGAUAAACACGUCACUGCUAUUAAAAUUACUAAUAAAUGAU